UUAUGAAAUCAGUCCAAACUGUCUCACUGGGUCUGGAUGAACGGGGGACACUCAGAGUCCAGCUGUCCACGAUCCGCCUGAACCUGAACCGAAACUUAGACCGAAGGCGAAGCUGAAGCUCCACCCUGUCAGACUCAGACUCAGACUCAGUCCAGCUCAGUCCGUCUGUCUCAGUCGGGGACUGUCCUUCAGUAAUGUCCCAGCAGCUGAAGAACUUUUCUUUACGUCUUUUUUUAAAUUUGAUUUUAAAUUUUUUUUUCUGCUUCCUGAAUCUGUCUCUUUGCUGCUGAGACAGAUGUCAUUUUCCUAUUGUGAGACUCAUAAAGCUUCAUCUGAUCUUGUCUUAGAACUUUGGGACAUUUCUCAUCAUCUGUUGGACUAAAGGGAGCAGUCGAGGACAAACAUGGCUGCUGUGUCUGUGUCCGUGUGGACUCUUCUCUCAGUCUGUUACCUGGUGUCUGCCUCUGAAGAACAAACAGUCUCAGUUUCUCCUGGACAGACUGCCAUCCUGCCAUGUCAGGCUCCAAAUAACAAGAACAUCUUAGCUGUGGAGUGGAUCAGAUCUGACCUGGGAUCAGAACAUUAUGUCUUAUUGUACCGAGAUGAUCUGUAUUAUCCAGACAAACAGCAUGAAUCCUUUAAGAACCGAGUCGAGCUGCAGGACGAACAGAUGAAUAAUGGAGACGUGUCUUUGGUUCUGAAGAAUGUGACCGAUGAAGAUGGUGGAAAAUACGAGUGUCACAUUGUCCAGAGAAAAACAAACAACAGGAAGAGAUCCGUCCUUGGCACUAAGCCCAUCAAGAUCAUCUACCUGAAGGUUGAAGUCUCAGGUCCCACAGCUGGACACAGGGAGGAUGGAGGGAACAAGGAUGGAGGAAGCAAGGAUGGAGGAAGCAAGGAUGGAGGGAACAAGGAUAGACAUGUUGCACUGGGAGCUGCUCUGCCAGUUGUUGGUCUGAUUGUUGUUGUUGUUGUUGUUGUUGGUUUCAUGUUCUACAGAAAACAUAAAGGAUCCACAGAGCAGAGUUCAUACCAACCUCCCACUGAGGCUGUGUGAGGACGGACUGAAUGUUUACAUCACUUUGAUCUGAGUGAAGCUCUUUGUCCUCUGUGUGUUGCAGACAGACCAGUGUCUCCUGUCCCACUGUCACAGAGACAGACGUCUUAGAGGACGAAGCUGUUUAACUGUCUUAAAUCUGAAUAGAUGUAAACCAUUUAAAUGGAUCAAAGAACAGUCAGAACGGCAAAGACUCAGCCAACGAUCAGCUCCAGGGAAAUCAGAGAAGGUCUAAAGUUUCCUGUGAGCACUGCAACAGUUAGAAGACGCCUGUGUGAAGCUGAGCUAUCAGCAACAAGGCACCACAAAGUCAAACAGUGUCUGAGUCCAUGUGGAUUUAUAUGAGAAUGAAGGACGUGUUAAUGAAGCAAAGAGUUGAAUAAAGUGUGUUUGUGUUGUA